CUGUGAACACAUUUGACGAUAACGUCAAUGUAGAAAUUUUGACAACGUUUACUUGUAAAAGUUAUAUUAAAUAUUCAACAUUAAAAAGAAAAUCCUAGUGACUGACGAUUUACAUUCGUUUUACAAAUUAUAAAGCAUCGCAGAACCGUAAGAUAUUUAGUCUAUUUCACCGAAACAAGAUGGAGACACCAGAGGCUCCUUCGAAGCAGAAGCGACGCCCUAGAAAGAAUAAACCGAAGCAAGCAUCGGUACAAGAAGUGCUUGUGCAGCAUCCGAUUUCUCUUCAGGCAGUACCAAUUACCGUUCUUUCCAAAUCGACCACGAAGGACAAAGAAAACAUUCAUACUCAGGAUCAGCAAAAUACAACGGAGUUCAAUCGUAACGCUAGUAAAAGACGUCGCAAACGAAAUAGAGCUAAGAAAACGGAACUAGGCGAGCUGGUUAAACCAAUUUCGCUUGAAGAGAUCUUCCCAGGGGCGAAGAUCUAUAACAUCGAGAACCAAACAAUACCCAAAAAGGGAAUCGCCGAUAAAACCCAAAAAAGUGGCAGCGUGCCCCGGCAAAAGGACGAAUUCGCUGCAAAAAAUUGCUCUGUGGUAGAUAUUACGGCGGAGUUGAUUUUUCCCACUUUAAGCAAGUUACAAUUUCCAACAAAACUUUCACCUCUUAGAGAUAUUCCAGCAGAAGAAAUAUUCCCUUCCUCGACAGUUUAUGACUUUGACAACAACACUAUUCCUAGAAAGUUGAAAUCAGCCAGUUUCCAACAAAAUAUUGAACGCCGAAAGUCGCCACAAUCUAUUCCAGGAAUAGUAAACAUCCCAUUAGAACAAAUUUUUCCAUUUGAUCAACAUAAAAAAUUGCACCCGCUAGAAAAAGCAAUGAAUCCACCACAGACGGAAAAGUCUCGCGAGGAAAUUUUGGCAGAACGAGAGGCCAAGAAGGCUGCUAAAGCAGCUGCAAAGGGCAAAAAUAAGGACAAAUCGAAAUCGGUAGAAACCGAGUCCAUUCCGCUGCAAAAAUCCAACACAGACAAUAGUUUGUCUGAAAAACUCGCCAAGCUGCACAUAUCAGAGGAAAUACCCUCAAAACCAAAUCAAACUCAAACUCUACAAGUGGCUGACAAAACACUCAGUAAGGCUGAACGAAAAGCUCUCUUUGAAGCACAAAAUUUAAGCUCAGCAUCUGUUGGAGCAAAAGGUGAAAUAAAGCCAGCAACGACGAAAGCCGAAAGAAGAGCUCUACAAGAAGCACAGCGAGCUGCCAAAGCAGAAGCUCAGGCGAAGAAAGCUGCCCCACCUGCCAAGGAAAACUCGAAACCUGACAAGCCGAUCGCCAAAAUCUCUACUCCGACGAAACAAGUAAAGAAAUCUCCGAAAGCGACCGACCUUGCUCAGCAACCGCACAUGGUUAAACUGUUCAACCAUCUGUACACGAAAAAAUUCGCCGCCUCGGAAAUUGUCAACUCGACCCAACUGCAUUCGGCCAUCACCACACUUGGACUACAGUAUGCCGAGGGUGUUAUCGCUGGUUCUAAAGCUCGAUGCCUAGCGUUUUUGCAGGCGCUCACGCAGAUGAUUCAGGAUUACGAGACACCACCGGAAAAGGAAUUUUCCCGAGGUUUCGAAGAGGCAUUAAACCCUAACAUUGCUCAUCUUCAAAAGUGCCGACCGUUCUCCGUCUCGAUGACUAAUGCUCUCAAGUACAUCAAAAUGUACACGCGACAGCUAAACGCGAAAGAUUCCGACUCAGAUCAAAAGGAAUUCCUCCUGGACGCCAUCGACACCUACGUUCGGGACCAGAUCGAAAAAGCCGAAGAAGCUAUCAGCAUUUCUGUGCAGGAGAAAAUCUACGAUGGUGACGUCAUUCUUACCUAUGGUUGCUCCUCUCUAAUAAAGCAUAUCCUCGAGGAGGCCAACCGCCGACAGAAGAGCUUCCGUGUUGUCAUCGUAGAUUCGCGACCACGUAAUCGAGAACACGAAAUGCUGCGCCAACUGGUGGCACAAGGCAUUGACUGUACCUGUGUUCUUAUAAAUGCAAUCAGCUACGUGAUGCCCGAGGUCACAAAGGUUUUGCUGAGCGCACAUGCCCUAUUAGCCAACGGAUGUGUUAUGUCCCGCGUCGGAACAGCUCAGAUAGCGCUGGUAGCCAAAUCAUUCAACGUUCCAGUGCUGGUGUGCUGUGAGACCCAUAAGUUCAGCGAACGCGUGCAAACGGAUGCUUUUGUUUACAACGAAAUUGGUAAUCCGAACGACCUGAUUUUGAGCUCCGGUACGCGGGAAAAUAGGCUGAACAAUCCGCUAGCUGAGUGGGAAUCGAUUAGCAAUCUGACACCGUUGAAUUUGCACUAUGACGUAACGCCACCGGAACUUGUAACUGCCGUCGUCACGGAGGUGGCUAUUCUACCCUGUACGAGUGUCCCGGUUAUAUUGCGCAUUAAACCGUCGGAGGUUGGGUACUGAUAAUCGAUUAACGUCACAUAUGCGAAAUAAAAAAAAUAUAUUUUUUUCGACAAUUCAA